UUGAACUGGUGAUCCUCCUCAACUCCUGGAGAACCAAGGGGGUGCAAUAUACUAAAGCAGACUUUGGUAGAAAAGCUUAAGGGCUCAGUAACUUACUGGAGCCAAAGUUAGUGAAGAUCAGAACAAUCCAGUAAUAAAUACUGAUCAAAAGAGAAAAAAAUCCAAUUCUUCCAGAGUAAAGUUUGUGGUUUAUGUUUAUUUUUCUAUAUCAUAUUUUCCUGCCUUUAUUCAUAUCUGUACAAACUGGUGUGAAUGAAUCAUCGUUCUUUAUGCUACCCCAGGAUUUAAGGCUUGAUCCACACCGGACCAAAGUCUGCAGAAAGACUGAUACAUACUUCAAUGGGCUCUGCAUCAGCUUCAGAACUGGUUAAUUGAGAGAGGUACAGCAAGGUCCUCUGGCCAGAACUGUGAAAAUUGUGAUCAGAAGGAAGUAGCUGAGAUUCUCCGAGAUCAAGGCAGGCAAUGCACAUACAGGGUCUAACUGAGACACGCCUGAACCUCACUGAAGCACACCCACUUACAGCAGGUCUGAAUUUGGCCCACAUUCUGAAUACAGGGAUUCUUCCUAAGAAGCAACCAGGGCUGGUGGAACAGGAUCUGGGCCUUCAAAUAAAUCACCAUGAGAGUUGUCGAGAGAUAAAGUCAGAAGAGUUGACAGUACUGAAAGUUGUACUGGAAGGAAUAAAAAUAUGACUGGUUAAAUGACAAGCUUCUUGGAAUACAAACAAGCAUUUGGGGAGAGUUGUAACAGAGGAGAGAAAUUGAAUGAUGAAUUGACUUUGCCUGUUGCUGAAGAUUUUCAUCUCCUUAAUGCAUUGCAGAUAUGUCGAAAGGACACAAGCUGUCAGGGGCUGGCAGUAACCAGCCCCAAUCAAGAACAUCCCUGUCUCCCUCUGGGUGUAUUUCAUCAGAUUCCCAAUCUGCUAUUUUGCUCCUCACUGUAGAAAAUGUUCAAAAGCUAGAAAAAGAGUAUUUGACUGCAAAAGGAGUCCUUGGUAACCAAUCUGUGGAGGAGUACGUUAAGCAGAGUAAUCUCUGUUUGCUGGAGAGAGAGAGGAGUGGGGAAGUCAGCGGAGAGUAUGUCCCAGAUAAAAAAGAUCCAGAAGGUGCCAUCUCCUUCCUUCCAAGAGAGCCGGCUAAAAGGUCCAGGGAAACUCACUUGGAAAAGGCUGAAGAAAUGUCACACAAAGAAUUUCAGGCAGAUUCUCUAUCAACUCCGCAUGCUGGUUCUAAGUCGAAGGAGUCAAAUAACGUAAAAGCCAGUCUGCUGUGGCCUCUUUGCAGAAAGUCUGCUGAUGGAUCUUCCGCCACUCACAGAAGAUGUGAGGUUGAGGAUUUGGGGACCCAGACAGAAUGGAGUUAUUCAGACAAAUCCCUGGCAUCCAUUGAGAAUGCUAUAUCAGUAAUCAGAGAGGAGAAGAGGAGCAGAGAAGAUGCGGAUGGCAAGGACAGUCCUGAGUCCAUACCAAGUCAAGGCGUUGUGGUACUCUUUACUGACAUAGGUGAAGAAAUUGAGACACAAGAGUCUGAAGAAGGAAGUGAAGAAACUAACCAAACAAAAUCCAAAGAUGAAGUUGUGAGAGCUGAAAGUGAUGCAGCAGGAGGAGAAGACAGGAAGUCAGAUGAUGAAGCCCUGGGGCUCGAUUCAGAAGAGGCGAUUCAUGAUGACCUGAAAAUAACUACCCUGUUCCUACAUGAGGAAAAUCACUUCGCUGAAGUACAUGAAAACUGUGAAUUUUGUAAGGCUGUUGCAAAGCCCAUCCCAACAGCAGAAGACCUGGACACAGAGUCACUGGAAACUUUUUUGUGCUGCAGGACGUACAAGGAGGUGUUCGAGUGUGUGAUCAAGGAGCUGAUGGAAAGCACCUCUGAUGACGAGAUUGACAUUGCUCCUCAUCCUCACCUUUCACAAGCAGUGCUAGAGAGUGAAACCAGAAAGAAACUUGAGCAACAGUUGAAAGAGAGAGGUUUUGAUAAAUACAGGGAACUGUAUGAGCGGCAUAUCAAGUUUGGUGCCUUGACCAAAAUUUCAUUUAAAUUCUCGCAACCCCAAGAAGAGGUCCCAGUUGUUGGUCCAGCGCUGCCUCAGACUCUUGAAGACCUGGACACAGAGUUCAGAGCAGAGCACUUAAAGAAUUGUCAUGCUCGUGACCCUGUAAGAAGAUAUUAUCCUGAUGGGCAGAAAUUCUUCCUUCUUUUUCCAGAUGGGACAGGUCAGGUUUUUUAUCCAUCAGGUAACAUUGCCAUCCUGAUCGUGUAUGUCAAGGAAGUACAGUUUAUAUACAUCAUCCUAGAGGAUCACACAUACUCAGGGAUUCGAGCAUUCUUCACAAACCGUGGUUAUGCCACAUGCUACCAUAGGAAUGGGCUCAUCUGGCUGAAUCUGGAUCGCCUCACUGGCUCCUACUUUGAUAAGAAAGGAAGAAGACAGAAGCACUGGAGUUGGCAUGACUUCAGCCAUCAUGUUCAUGCACCUCCUUUCCAGCCCAUCUGCAUGAAACUAAACAUUGAUAUCAGGAUUAAAAUUGUGGCUCAGGAGCAAAUUUACUUAUCAUUUAUUAAACAACAAAACUGCAUCCAUUUCAACAUGGGGGCUAGGCUAAAGCUGAAAGACACAGCCACACUCCACUUACUUAAACCAGCAGAAAACCAACUGGGGCUACUCCUGCACUCCAAACGCAUUCAGAUCAAGAGCCUCCUGGCCAAAAUGAAGAAAGUAUUACGAGACCUGCAGCGCACACCAUUAAACAAAAUUCAGGCAUUGCCUCUUGUUCUAGCACAGUUGCGUAAACUGCUGAAAUGGAGACGUAAAAAGACUCUUGCCCAGUAGACACUCUGGGUGUUGCAAUGUUAGAUUUCCCUCUAGUCAAGUAAGGUUAUGUGAGCAGUUCACGGUGAAAACAAUAAAACUCAUUUUCAAGCAUGUCCUAAGUGUUUAGCUGUAUUCCAAUGUAGAGCAUCUAUGGCACUAAACAGCACAUUUGAAAAUAUGCAGUGGAUUGUAUAUUCCUAUGGACAGACCAAUACAUGUGCACUAGUUUGAUAGAAUGAGAAAGUGGUUCUUGUAAGUAAGAGAAAGGACAAUAGGGUAACCUUAAGUUUGGUGGGAGCCUAUGUUAAACAAUGCCUGUUGCGUGACCCAGUAAGCAUGCCUUGCCCAGCAUUUCUGCCCACAAAUUCAUUGUGGGAUGAAUAAGCAGCAUGUGUAUAGUGCAACAAAACACCCCCGUUGGUUACUAAAAUGGAAGGGUAUGAAUAU